AUGGGUCUCCUCCGGUCUACGGCGGCCUGCCUUGCUGCCGUCGCGCUUCUUCCUUCCAUCACCAGUGCGAAGCUUGUGCAGACGUCGUUGGAGUUGACGUGGGAUUUGGGUGCUCCGAAUGGACAAUGGCGAGAGAUGAUCUAUGUCAACGGCAGCAUGCCUGGUCCGGCUUUGAUCUUCGAUGAGGACGACGACGUCGAGGUAUGUCUUUUGCAUCCCUUGUGCAUUCAAGUCCUGAGCUAAUCAUCAUCAGGUCACAAUCCGCAACAAGAUGUCGCAAGAUGCCACUGUCCAUUUCCACGGCAUGCAGAUGUGGAAGACUCCCUGGAGCGAUGGAGUUCCAGGCUUGUCGCAGACUCCGAUUCUUCCCAACACCGAAUUCGUACAUCGUUUCAAGGCCCAACCAGCUGGAACCUUCUGGUACCACUCGCAUUCGAGAAUGACACUCAUGGAUGGUCUCUACGGCGCCAUCUUCAUUCGACCCAAGAACGGCACCGACUUUCCCUUCCACAUGAUCAGCAACGACAGCUCGGAUAUUGCCGCUAUGGAGAGGGCGGCUCGCGAUCCGAAACUGCUCGUGUUGUCCGACUGGGAACAGUAUACAUCCGAUGAGCUCUGGAACUAUACUCUGGCAUCCAACCUCGGUCUCUUCUGCUCCGACAGUAUCUUGCUCAACGGCAAAGGAAGUGUGUACUGCCCGGGCACAGACUUCCUGAUCAACCACACGCAACCUGGCGUUCAAGAGUCUAUUGAUCCAAAGUUUGUCUCUGACAAAGGGUGCCUGCCCUUCGUGCCAGCCAUCGACGAGAUCUGGCUUGAUCUUGGCAACGAGUCCAAGAUUCCGGACAAAGUACAGUCCGGUUGCGUUCCAUCGUAUGGAUCAAGGGAGACGAUUGAGGUAGACCCAGAAGACAAGUGGGUGAGCUUCAACUGGGUUGCUGCCGGCACCUUGAAGACACCUCAGCCCGCCAUCGACGAGCACGACAUGUGGGUGUACGAGAUCAAUGGCAACUACGUCCCACCCGUCAAAGUACAGGCGCUGAACCUUUGGGCUGGCGAGCGAUACAGCGCAAUGGUACACCUUAACCAGAAACGGGGCACGUACAACAUCGACCUGGGAGACUACGGUGCGACCCAAGUCAUUGGCGCGUACGCCAGCAUGCGCUACAAGGGCCAACCAGAGCGAUGGGGUCCUACCGAACCAUGGACUCAGUACGGUGGCGCGGCCGUCGAAGACAAGAACGUCUCCAUCUUGAUGCCGUGGGCAGUGCUCAAUGACUCCAUUGGCUCCUACCCGAACCAAUAUCAGAACUUCAAAGUCCCGCCUCCCAAGCUUCUGGCCGACCAGGAGGUCUACCUCUACGCCGGUCGCACCAAUUCUUCCUACUCCUACACUGUCGGCGGCUGGCAUGGAAACAAGAUCAAUAACACUCAAGCAGGGCUCAUCAUGUAUCCGAUCGACUGGCUCAGCGGCAACCCGCUCAUGUACAACCCCAACGGCACCGACGCCAUGAACCGCGGCCUCGUCUUCCGCACCAACAACGCCACCUGGGUGGACAUAGUCUUCAUCGUCGGCGCCAACUACGGCGACGGCAAGCCCUUCACCCACGCCAUCCACAAGCACGGCUCCAAGACCUUCCGCAUCGCCCAGGGCGAAGGCGUCUGGAACUACACCUCCGUCCACGACGCCUAUGACAAAUCCCCCCACCUCUUCAACUUCGACAACCCCGGCUACAGAGAUACCUGGUUGACGAUUGCCGAUAUGCCCGGCUGGCAGAUUUUGCGCUACUACGUCGACAACCCGGGUCCCUGGUUGAUCCACUGUCACUUGGAAAUCCACCUGGCGGGGGGGAUGGGUAUGGUCGCGAUGGACGGCGUGGACGUCUGGCCGGAGAUUCCGCCCGAGUACCGCGCCGGCAACCAGGGCGUCAUGCCGCCGAGCCUCAAUAUGACCACGCGGUAUGGUGGGGAUUACAAGCGCAGGGUACCGAUGCCUUCUGCGGCUGACUAUAUCUAA